AUUCACAACCCAAUUCACCACCACCACUACUCCCCCCGAUUCUUCAGCAUCACCGCAAACAUGUCUUCCGGAAGGACCGUCACCCUCAACACCGGCUACAAGAUCCCCCAGAUCGGCUACGGCACCUGGCAGGCCGCUCCCGGCGAGGUCGGCGCUGGUGUCUUUGAGGCCCUCAAGGUUGGCUACCGCCACCUCGACCUGGCCAAGGUCUACGGCAACCAGAAGGAGGUUGGUGAGGGCAUCAAGAAGGCUCUUGCUGAGGUCCCCGGCCUGAAGCGCGAGGAUAUUUUCAUCACCUCCAAGCUGUGGAACAACUCCCACAAGCCCGAGGACGUCGAGCCCGCUCUCGACGACACCCUGGCCGAGCUUGGCCUCGACUACCUUGACCUCUACCUCAUCCACUGGCCCGUUGCCUUUGCUCCCGGCGCCGACCUCUUCCCCAAGUCCGAGGACGGCUCCGAGGUGCAGCUCAACCAGAAUGUGUCCAUUGUCCAGACCUGGAAGGCCAUGACCGAGCUGCCCAAGUCCAAGGUCCGCUCCGUCGGUGUCUCCAACUUUACCAUUGAGCACCUCGACGCCGUCAUCGAGGCCACCGGCGUCGUCCCCGCCGUCAACCAGAUCGAGCGCCACCCCCGCCUCCCCAACCAGCCCCUGAUCGACUACUGCGCCAAGAAGGGCAUCAUCAUCACCGCCUACUCCGCCUUUGGCAACAACACAAAGGGCCUGCCCCUGCUCGUCAGCUCCGACGAGGUCAAGGCCGUCGCCGACAACCUGUCCAAGAAGCAGGGCAAGACCGUCACUCCCGCCCAGGUCAUCCUCGCCUGGUCCCAGAUUGGUGGCCACACCGUCAUUCCCAAGUCCGUCACCAAGGCGCGCAUUGCGGAGAACUUCCAGGAGGUUGAGCUGGAUGACGAGGCCAUUGCUGCGCUGAACAAGUUGGGCGAGAAGCCUCAGCGGUUCAACAUUCCUUACACCUACAAGCCUAGGUGGAACAUUAACCUGUUCAACACCGAGGAGGAGAAGGCCGCUGCCCACACUGCUGUCAUCAAGCUGUAA